CCGAGUUCUGCCAGGACCCUCCACGGGUGGCCUCAGGAGAUAAAUGAGUUCUUCCCAACAGGUCAUCUUUGCUUUGAACCAGACCCUCCUGCAGCAGGAGAGCCUUCGAGCAGGCAGCCUUCAGAUCCCCUACACGACGGAGGAUCUCAUCAAACACUAUAACUGUGGGGACCUCGGCUCCAUCAUCUUCAGCCAUGACAGCUCCCAGGUUCCCAAUUUCAUUAAUGCCACGCUGCCACCUCAGGAGCGUGUGACUGCCCAGGAGAUCGACAGCUACUUCCGCCGGGAGCUUAUCUACAAGCGGAAUGAGAGAAUGGGGAAGCGGGUGAAGGCCCUUUUGGAAGAGUUCCCUGACAAAGGUUUUUUCUUUGCCUUUGGAGCUGGUCAUUUCAUUGGCAACAACACAGUGCUCGAUGUCUUGCGGCGCGAAGGCUAUGAGGUAGAACACGCCCCCGCUGGACGAGCCAUCAACAAAGAGAAGAGCCAAAGUCCCUCGUCGGGGCCGACCUCCCGGGUCAUCUUUGCUCCGGAAGUGCCCUCCGUGGAAGUGCGGGCACCGGAAGCUGCGUCUGCGGCGCACUCACUGUUGCCUCCUCACGUGUCCCCGGCCGGAAGUGCCGACCUGGGUGGUGAGGUGGAGCGGAGGUUUCGGAAGAAGCGGAGGCGGCUGCGACCACAGCGAAGGCCCCGGCUUCGGCAGUUCAGCGAUCUGUGGGUUCGACUGGAGGAGAGCGCCAUGGUCCCACAACUCCAGGUCCCUACUCUGGAUAGAUCCAUCUCUGCUGAGCUGCGGCUUCCUCACCAUGGGCAUUCCCACCACAGCCAGAUGGUGGCUAGCAGUGCCUGUCUGUCUCUCUGGACUCCUGUGUUCUGGGUGCUGAUGUUGGCUUUCCAAACAGAGACAUUCCUCCUGUAAUGACUGGAGGAGCCAGGCCAAGCCCCGACCCCCUGGACUUGAAGGAUGGCCGUUCCUGUACUCCACACUCUGGUCUGGCCUUGAUAGGCCCGACCCAGGAAAGGAGACAGAAUAAAAUGCAGUGUUGGUUCUUCUCUUUCCAAGGAAUGACUUUGGGUUGUCCAGCAGUGCUUGGGGUGGGUGUACAGUUUUGUAACAUACUGAGUUGUAUGAAAAGAAUUAUAAAUGUAUUAUAUAAAAAUGA